AUGACCCGAGUUGACCUGUCCCUGCGGCAAGCUAUUCUGCUCAAUGAUGUCGCAUUAGUGCAGCGAAUCCUCCAGCACAAUCUUUCGUAUCUCCAGAACCCGGAUUUUGCGGACAAGAGCAACACCUCGUUGCAUCUCGCUGCGAAAUAUGGGCUCGAAGAGAUCGCAGAAUUCCUGAUAUCUCUGGGUCAUGACGGUACUCGGCCAGUCGAAGACUGGAUCUACAGUGCGAAGCACGACAAUCGGGGUAUAUCUGUCAACACAGACGGUCAAACACCUCUGCAUCUGGCUGCGGCCUCUUCUCAAGCCGGAGUUGUUGAGCUCCUGUGCAGAGAGUUCCCACAGACUGUGAAUCGAAGAGAUCGCAAAGGUCAAACACCCCUCCAUCUCGCCGCCUCCUCCCAGAUUAUUCCCAAGCCGAAUUUCAACAACACUGCUAACAACAGCGGGGCCUCGAGGCCGACGCCGGAGGACAACCGAACGAUAGAAAUACUCCUAACCCAUGGGGCGGAUGUGAAUGCCAAGGACGAGCUGGGAAACACAUGCCUUCACAACGCAAGUGCAUGGGGGAAUCUGAAAGCCAUUCGCGCCUUGAUCCAAGCUGGCGCUGACCCGUUGAGCAAGAACAAAGCUGGCUGGACCCCCGAGUAUUACAGUAUCACAGUGCAGGCGGAGGUCUACUACCGGAAUUUAGUGGCAGAAUGGGAGAAGAGGAAAGCAGAAGACGAGAUGCGGGCCAGCAGCGAGAGAAGAGGCAAAGGGGGCGGCUCGGUCAGGUUGGUGCCACAGGAGAAUGAAAGCGACGGCGAAGGGGAUGAGUCGUCGAGGACGGAGACAAGCCGGGAGAGAAGCACAACAAGGAGUCCAGUGCCCAAUAAUGCUGGUGCUGGUGCUGGGUCUGUCGUUGGCACUUCACUGGGAAAACAGAGCGAUGCAGGCUUGGGCAUCAGCGUAGGCUACGUGGAUGCUUGGAAAUGA